AUGGGUCGACAACAGCGCAAGGAAGACCGCCAGGCGCGCAAAAAGACCAAGAUCUCGGCUACACAGGCGCACGCCAAGAAUGCUUCCGGCUCGUCCAACGGCGUCGGCAAGCAGGCCACCAACGCCGGCUUUGUCUUCAACAAGAACCAGUUUGCGGGUCUCGUCAACAAGGGCAAAGCACGACAACUUCAACAGAUGCAGCAGCAACAGCAAGCACAGCGACGAACGGGCGAAAUGGAGAUGGACGAGGCGAAUACUGACCCAGCAGAGGGCAGUGCAGCUGCUAGGUUGAGAGAAGAGAUUGCCGGUGCAGCCGCCAGCUCCAACUCGUACGAUGCUGCCAUUGACAGUUUGGAAGCUGAUAUCGCUAAGCAAGAAUCUUCCUCGUCAGCCGCUUUGGACCCGACGUUGACGGGCCGCCGAGACAGCUCGAUCAAAGCGUACAUGCGCGAGCUUCGCAAAGUGGUCGACAACGCCGAUGUGCUCCUCGAGGUGCUCGACGCACGCGAUCCGCUCGGCUGCCGCUCUCUCGAGACCGAGCGCAUGCUCCUCCGCGCGGGCAAGAAGAUCGUCCUCAUCCUCAACAAGAUCGAUCUCGUGCCUAAGUCGAACGUCGAGGCGUGGCUGCGGUAUCUCCGCCACGACUUUCCCACGCUCGCCUUCAAAGCGUCCACCCAAUCGCAACGCAGCAACCUCAGUCAGGGUGCCAACGCGGUCAACUACUCCAAGUCCAAUGCGGCUGCAGGAGCAGAUGUAAUUACAGGUGGCAGCGAGGCCAUCGGUGCGGGGGCUCUUCUGCAGCUCAUCAAAAACUACUCGCGCAGCUUGAACCUCAAGACGUCGAUCGCAGUGGGCGUCUUCGGUGCGCCCAACGUGGGCAAGUCGAGCGUCAUCAACUCUCUCAAGCGUGCGCGCGUCUGCAGCGUCGCCUCCACCCCGGGUCACACCAAGGUCGUACAGAGCGUCAUGCUCGACAAGUCGGUGCGGUUGCUGGAUUGUCCCGGUAUCGUCUUCUCGGACGAAUCCGCGGCGGGGGCUGCCUCGCUCGGAUUGUCGCCCGAGGAGGUGCAGAUGCGACGUCAAUCGGCACUCUUGAGGAAUGUGGUCAAGGUCGAACUGGUCGAAGACCCAAUCACGCCCGUGGAGGCGAUUAUGGCACGCGUGGUGCCCGACCACCUGAUGGAGGUGUACGGCCUGGACUGGUUCCAAGAAGGGGACGCGCAGGAUCUGCUCAUGCGCAUCGCGGUGCAGCGGGGCCGCAUGGCGAGAGGUGGAAAGAUCGAUAUCGAGGGUACGGCGAGAAGUGUACUGCACGAUUGGAACGUGGGGCGGAUCAAGUACUAUACGCAUCCGCCGACGCUGCAUCGCUCGGCGAUCCUGUCGGAGGACAAGAGGAAGGGUGCGGAUGCGCUGAGCAAGAGCAUCGGUGGAGUGGAUGAGGACGCGACGGUGGGGGUGGAGAAGAAGCUCGAGGAGAGCUCGGCGAUCUUGAGCGGGUUCAGCGAGGCGUUUGAUCUGGCGGGGUUGCUGGGCGAGGCGGACGCAGAAGUCUUUGGUAGUGGGACGGGGCAGACGAAUGCGCCGCUGCCGGAGGCUCCUGCGCCGAGGUAUGCUGCUGACGAGGACGACACGAAGGAAGAGGAGAUCGAGGACGAUCACGAACCCGUUCCUGCGCCAGAGCCUGCUGCAGAAGCCGCCGGAUGCACCUCGCGUCGCUCCACGCUCGGCAAGCGAUCCCGCCGCUCCUCCGACUCGGACGGCUCGGACUCGGAUUCGGACGACGACAGCCCCUCUGCGCCACGAAUUGGCGUCCCCGGCCUCGAUCCUUCGAUGGAUGACGACGACGACGCCUCACUCAUCGACAUGCCCGACGCCGCUCUCCCCACCGCCAACCAGCCCACGACCUGGGGCGACAAGCUCGCAACGAAAGCGACCACCUCGAAGCGCACUGCCGAGCUCUCGCUCGCCUUUUCCGCUGAAGAGCUCGCCCAGAUGGCCCCUUCCGCAGGGGCGUCCCGGAGGAAGCUCAAGAAGAUGAAGAAGCGUGCGGACCGCGCGGGUGCCGGCCUGGUGGGCGCGUUCGAGGAGCAGAAGCUCGACGAAGAGGAUGCCGUCUCGGACGGUGUUGGGGAUGGAGCUGUGGGGAAGGGUGUCGGUGGAGGCAUGUUCGAUGUCGGCACCACUACGAGCGCAGCAGGGAAGAAGAAGAACAAGAAGAAGAAGAAGGGAAAAGGCGUUGGAGGUGGGGAGAGGAAGGGCACGGGAAGCAUGUUUGAUGUCUUGCUCGAGUGGCAGGAUCAGGUAUCUGAGGAGGAUGAAGGGAAGGAAAUGCAGAUGGAAGAGUCAAAGGAAACCAAGGCUGUUGUGGCAAGCACAGCGGAUGACUACGAGGAAGAGUUAUAG